AUGUCGGAUUAUGGCGAUUCCGCCGACGGUACACCCGCGCCUCCACAUCAAAGAUCACCGAAACGGAGGAGAGUUUAUAAAGACAGUGAAAAUUCAACACCUCGAUACAGCUCUCCUGACGGGAUUGAUGAGCACCGACCCUAUCACUCUUCGAACCUAGACGACCGCCGAGCUUCAAAUGAUCGACGAAGGUCGCGGGAUUCAGACGAAAGCGACGACAGACAUGAUAGGAAGUAUCGAGGUCAUACUACAAGCCGCUCCUCUAGCAGAGCAGAUACCCCUCGAUCGUCGCAAUCACACAGCCCUUUGGAUCCUCCUUCGCCGCCUCAAUAUAAACCGCUAAGGGUCAACUACAAACAGAAGUUCAUUCUUAGGGGACACCGAAAGGGUGUGGCUCAGGUACGCUUCUCGCCAGAUGGGAGAUGGAUUGCAAGCUGUUCUGCAGAUGGCACAAUUAAGAUCUGGGAUUCUGCAACGGGGAAACAUGUGAGGACUUUGGAAGGCCAUCUAGCAGGUGUCUCGACGAUAGCGUGGAGUCCUGACUCGAAUACCAUCGCUUCUGGGUCCGACGAUAAAACGAUCAGGCUCUGGCGACGAGCAACAGGAAAACCCUAUCCCGCACCGUUACUUGGACAUCAUAAUUAUGUUUACUCGGUUGCAUUUUCGCCGAAAGGCAACAUGUUGGCAAGUGGAAGCUACGAUGAAGCUGUGUUUCUCUGGGAUCUUCGCUCUAGACAUCAAAUGAGGAGUCUACCAGCUCACUCGGAUCCCGUUGGGGGUGUUGAUUUCAUUAAAGAUGGUACUCUGGUUUGCAGUUGUUCAACUGAUGGGCUUGUGAGAGUCUGGGAUACUGCAACAGGUCAAUGUCUCCGAACCUUGGUCCACGAGGAUAACGCGCCUGUCACUCAAGUACGAUUUUCUCCGAACGGACGUUACAUCCUUGCUUUUACACUUGAUUCCUGCAUACGUCUUUGGGAUUAUGAUCUGGGGCAUUGCAAGAAAACUUACCAAGGUCACGUUAAUAAGAAGUAUUCCCUGGGAGGCGCGUUUGGGGUUAGCGGUACGGAUGGUUUUAUAGUUUCGGGAAGCGAAGAUGGUGACAUUGUGUUUUGGGAUGCACAAAACAAGAACGUGGUACAACGGGUCAGCGGGCACGAAGGCGUGGUUCUCUGGGUUGAUACGUGUCCGGGCGCAACUGGAAUGAUCGCAAGUGGUGGACUUGACGGGACUGUGCGAAUCUGGGUUGACACCGAUGAGGAAGAGACCAUCGGCGCCUUGAAACUGGAAGAUGAGGCUGCGGUCAAUGGUUACGCCUUGGAUAUCAACGAGGCUGGUGUAAACGGCGACGGCAUGGGUGGUGUGACUUAUGAGAACGGCGCAUUUGGAUUUGAGCAUGAUACCCCAAGGGACGAUAUGAGUGUAGAUGGCGGUGGAAGUUCCGACAAAGAACAGCCAGGUUCGGAUACUGUUAUGCGGGACUGA